UGGGAUUGAGGCAGAGCUGGGCCAAUCAGCCCGGCAGGGUGGGGCCAAAGGCAGAGAUUGGCAGGCGAGCGGCCAAUCAGCGGCCGGAGCUCUUCCGGCUCCACGUCGGCAGCGGAGGAGGCAAAAUGGAGGCGCUGGUGCUGGAGCCGUCCCUGUACACGGUCAAGGCCAUCAUCAUCCUGGACAACGACGGCGAGCGGCUCUUCGCCAAGUACUACGAUGACACGUACCCCAGCGUGAAGGAGCAGCGCGCCUUCGAGAAGAACAUCUUCAGCAAGACACACCGCAGUGACAGCGAGAUCGCGCUGCUGGACGGGCUGACCGUGGUGUACAGGGGACACAGUGACACACUGAUGCUCACGGCCGUGCUCAACUGCCUGUUCGACUCACUGAGCCAAAUGCUGAGGAAGAACGUGGAGCGCCGGGCGCUGCUGGACAACAUGGAGGGGCUGUUCCUGGCCGUGGACGAGAUCGUGGAUGGAGGGGUCAUCCUGGAGAGCGACCCCCAGCAAGUCGUGCACCGCGUGGCCGUGCGGGUACGGGGCUGGGGGCUGGGGGGCUUUGCCAAGGUCCCCAAGGUGGGGACAGGGACCCCCAGGCCGAGCGCAGGAGUCAAACCUCGUCGUUUAUUGGGGUGA